AUGUUUCAAGAUAAAUCAGGUAUUAGGUUCGCACCUAAAGUUAAACAACGUCGUGCUGCAAGUGCAACUCCAAAUGUUAGUAGAAGAGCUAGUAUAACUCCUGCUUUAGAUUCUGCUAAAAAGACAAAUAUAAACAAUAGUAAUAAUGAAGACAAUGAUAAUGAUAAUGAAAAUUCAAGUGAUGAAGAUGAUGCUAUAUCAACAACAAGUACUAAUACUUCAAAACCUCAAGAAAAUAGAACAAGAAGAUUAUCAACACUGAAUAAUAUAUCGAAUAGAGAUUUAUUUAAAAAAGUUUCAAUUCAAGGUGGUUAUUCUCAUGAUUCUAAUACUGCUACAACUUCAUCUACUCAAAUUGAACGUAAAGGUAAUGUUAUUGGUAUACCACAACCUCCAAUGCCUUUAAAAAGAAGAAGAAGUACAACAACAAGUAGGAGAAAUUCGACUACUAAAAGAAAAUCAGUUAGUGAAGCGCCUGGUGCAACUACAAUCACUAUUACACCAACAACUACAACAUCAAGUGUUCCACCAUCAACAGUUUCAGAAAAAUUAAAUGAAGAUGAUGAAGAUGAGGAUGAAGAAGAUCCAAAAUCAACAAAAAAAUCAUUAAUUUCAAAUACUCAAGAAUCUGAAUUAUCAAGUCAAAGUCAAGGUUUAUUUUCAAGUUCAAUACCUAUUCCAUCAACUCAAGCUUCAAGUUUACCAUCAUCUGCACCAGUUGAUGAUGAUGAUCUUAAUAAAGAUAGUACCAGUAAAUCUAAAACAGUUGAAAGACCAAAUACUGCUCCUGAACAAACUUCAUCAUCAUCAAAAUCAAAAUCAACUCCUAUUGCAACUCCAAUAUCAAGACCAUCUACAGCACCAAGUUCUUCUAAAACAUUAGAACAAAAUAAUGAUUCAACAAGUACUACAACUGAAGCUGUUCCACCAUCAUUAAAAGAUUCAGUAAAUACUACAACAAUUGAAUCAUUAACUGAACAAAAAAUUAAAAAUUAUUCACAACUUCCAAGAUUUUUAAUUAAUAAUUUAGAUGCAGAAUUAACAAAAAACAUUGAAAUUGAUGAAGAAUUUUUUAGAAUUAGUGAUUUAUGUAAACCAAGUUUAAAAAUUGGUAAAAUUUCUAACAAUUUCCAUCAAGCCCAAGAAGCACGUAAAAAUAAAAUGAAGAAAAGAAUUGAAAAAAGACAAUUAAGACAACGUGCAAGAGAGGAAAAAGUUUCAAUUGAAUCACUGGAGGAAGAAAUUGAAAAUAGAAUUAAAAUUGAAGAAGCUAAAAAAGAAGAAGAAGAUAAUGAAGAUGGAAUUCCAGGUGAAGAUGAUGAAGUUGUUGAAGAUGAAGAGAAAACAAAACAAAAACAAAAAGAAGCUGAAGAAAAAGCUGAAAAGGAAAUUAAAUUAGCAAAUAAUAAUCAAGGUAUUCAAUUAAAAGUUGGUGCAGAUGGUCAAUUAAUUGUUGAUGAAGAUUCAAGAGUUUUAGAUAGACAUUCAAAUUUAGGUGAAGAUACAAGAGAACGUCUUGAUGAAAAUCCAUUUGAAAAUGUUGUUAAUUCAGCUACAUAUGGUAAACAACGAUAUACAGAUAAAUGGACUGUUGAUGAAGUUGAAAGAUUUUAUAAAGCUUUAGGUACAUGGGGUACAGAUUUUGGAUUAAUUGCACAAAUGUUCCCACAUAGAACAAGAAGACAAGUUAAGGCAAAAUUUAUCUUAGAGGAAAAAAAGAGACCAACUAUAAUUGAACUGGCUUUAAAUAAUAAAUUAAAUGGUAAUUUUAAUUUUGAAACUUAUAGUUCAGAUUCAAAUAAAACAUUUGGUACACUGGAUCAAUUUAAUAAUAAACUGGAACAAUUAAAGAAAGAUCAUGAAGAUAAUUUAAGAGAAUUAAGUAUAGCUAAAGAAAAAGCCAAAGAAGAAGAUACCAUAAGACAAAAGAAGAGAGAAGAAGAAGUUAAAGCUAAUGGUGGUGCAUAUUCAAGACCAUUAACUAGACAAGAAAGAUUAGUUGAACUUCGUAAACAUGAAACUGUUUUAGGGUCUAUUGAUGAAGUUAAAAAACAAAGAGAAGAAGAGGAAGCCGCAGCUGCAGCAGAGUUGGAGGCACUUCAAUGA